ACAGCGCGGAGAGAAAAUAACAUCAACAUCCUUUUUAACAGCGUGACGGACAGGCCAAGCCUCUGCGAAUGUGACCGUGAUGUUAUUACUUCUUCGAGUACUGUAACGCAGUACGCUUCAUCUGUUUCCUAUUGGUAAAUCACCUAAGGAUCACCUGGGGUUACAUUGAAUGAGAUGCUUCAGCUGAAUGACUCGGUGGAGCCGGAGAGCCCCGGUGCUGCGGUACUCCACGCCAUCGACGGUGAGGUUGAGGAUGGGGUGGAGGUAGCCUUCACGCCGCCAGGGGCCGUAGCUAGCCGGGGUUUUGGUUCAGCUGUCGCCUGCUGCUCCCCUUUGCAAACACUUAAGCCUUUCCAUGUUCACAACCCAACGAUGCAAGCGAAAGUCAAAGAUUACUUCGUGUUCAGGCCGGGGACCAUCGAGCAGGCGGUGAACGACAUCCGGACGGUGGCCUUACCAUCGGAAGACGGGGAAGUGCUCAGCGUUUGGCUGCUAGCAGAAAUUGACCAUUGGAACAAUGAAAAGGAGAGGCUUGUGCUUAUCACUGAAAGGUCUUUGCUGGUGUGCAAGUACGACUUCAUCAACCUGCUCUGCCAGCAGGUGGUCCGAAUCUCUCUCAAUGCGGUGGACACCAUCUCUGUGGGCGAGUUUGAGUUUCCCCCCAAAUCACUCAACAAGAGAGAGGGCAUUGGUGUGCGUGUGCAGUGGGACAAGCGUCCACGUCCCUCCUUUGUGAACCGGUGGAACCCCUGGUCUACUGACGUGCCCUACUCCACCUUCUCUGAGCACACCAUGGCCCGCGCAGACGAGAAAGUCGCCUCACUCUGCCAGCUGGAGAACUUCAAGACUCAGCUGAUCCAGGCAGUGAAGAAGGCCCAUAAGGAGCAUCCCAUCCCGGGCCGCUCCAACGGGGUGCUGCUGCUGGAGCGCCCCCUAGUGAUCGAGACCUACCUGGGCAUCAUGUCCUUCAUCAAUAACGAGGCCAAGCUGGGCUACUCCAUGACCCGCGGCAAGAUCGGCUUCUGAGUGACGCCCCUCUUCCAGCCCCGAAACCCCCUCCUCCAGCCCCAGCUCCCGAAGCCUGGCCUUCUCUUAAGGCUUCUGGGCUUUUGUUUGUUUUGUUGGUUUGUUUCUGUUGUCACUGUUGUUUACUUUUGUUAAAUCUGCUUAGCGCAACUUUUUUUGUUGUUGUUUUCCUGCUGCACUGCCUUUGCUGAUUGGCUGUUUGACGUGCGUGGUAGAGGGUGUUUUUUUGAUUGGGUGUCUCAGGCUUUGGUUGCUGCUCCAGGAUCAGCUGUCUGCCUCUCAACGUGGCUGGUGAGGCCACGAAAGGAAAGGCCAAAGGUGAGACAGGCAGACUGUUCCCAGAGCAGUGAUUGCGGUGUGAUGCUUCAUGAAUGCGCGCCCCCUCAUUCAAACACGCUGAAAAACCACCAGGCCAUUGUUUGUGUUUCUUUUCGGCCGAUCUCCAAAGGGCCUAGGAAUGUCCCUGCAAACACACACAAAUCUCCAGACACACACACACACACACACACACACACACACACACCACCUGUGACUUAGUUACGCUGAAAAGUGUAGCUCAGGGAGUCCGCCAAUCAAUACUCACCAAUGCCACAGAGCCAGUCCCCUCUGUCAUCAUUACUGGGGUCCAUGCCAUUCUAACCUUCCACUGUUGCCAUGGGACUGGUGAAUGCUUUUGAGCAAGUUAGCUGUGAGCCUUGUUCUUUUGAUGUGUGUGUUUAUGAACAUCGCAGUGUCUUCUGCAUGUCUGCCGGACAAAAUCUUUGGAAUGACAAACCAUGACUGAUGCUGCUUUAACACAUAGGUCGUAGCCUUUUCCAUAAAUAGCAACUCGAGCUCGAGUCUGAGACUUCCCCAGUGCCAGUUCCGUUGCAUGACUGGUGUGUUUGUGUCCGCAUUUGGAAGCGCUCCGAAUCUGCCGUGGGGGUUAUGGGAAGCGUCUUGCCCAAGGCUGUGCCUCUCCGCUGGGAGAGCAGACUCCCGAGCUUCCCCUGCCUCCUCCAUCAAGUUAAAUGUGGCCCUUGUUCGACGUCUGAGAGCGGCUAUGUUUGUUUGUGUUGUUCCCCCUUCUGCCGUGGCUCCAGGAUACGAUCAGAAAGGACACAAACACAUCAACUGAAUGCAUAUGUGUGUGUGUGCUUAAUGUGUGCAGGGUUUCCUAAGGACAGUGGGGAAGGGGUCGUGGCCAUUACAGGCUGAUGGAGAUAUCAAGUAACAAUGAUAAUGUGUUAGGCUCGGACUGAGAUCCCUUUCUCUUGGCUAGGGUGUGGGAAACGCGAUGAAUGGUGCAUAACGAAACUGAUAAAUGUUCCGAUGUGUUUCAGUAGAGGAUUUCAUACUCUCAGUUGGCCUAUGGAUACUUCACCAGAUAUUUUGCCCUUACUGGUUUCCUGUAAAUGCAGGCCCAGAUAUUUAAGCCUAAAGGUUGAUAUCCUUUGUUGUGAGAGGUUUUUUAAAUCUUGUUGACUUUCUUACUAAGGUGAAUGCUUUACAGUAGUAAUAUGUCAAGGUGUGUAAGGUUUUGUUAGCUGCCAUUGUAAACAGACAGUGCACGUCACUAAGGCCUUAGGAUCCAGGUUCAUCUUGCAGCCUGUAGCUGCCUGAAACUAGACAUUUGGGAGUUUGGUUUAAUUACCCUUUUACCCGUUUUAUUCACUGUCAUCACUGAGAAUAAUGUAUGCCCUAGUUGAGACAAAGCUCAGCUGUUAAUUAGGGGUGUGAAAUGGCUUUGUGUGUGUGUGAAUGUGUUCCCCUCACUGAUUCUCUGAUCACUGUUUAUCCUUUAACCAUGAGUAGACUGGUCUUUGCUGUGACCUGUGAUUAGAGGGUUGUGAAUAAUUUUAAUCUCAGCAUUAAAUCUUCAGAUGAAUUAAAGGGCACCAAACUGCCAUUUUCCUCCCCUUUUAAGUUCUUCCCUUUAGGCCAGUGUAUGAGUUUCCAGAUUGAGGUAACAUAUAUGAAAUGGAAUCACCUGACCAGUAGAUACGGGUUCUAGCAGAAGACUCCUCCUGCUUCUCACGCACUCUAUGCAUCGUACUGCCAUGGCGACAGCGGUACUCCAAACACCACUGCUAGUCUCUCUCUAGUAUUCCCCCUUUCCGUUGGCAUGGCUACAGGACACUGACUCAUUUCCCCCUCCACACACACGGCACACGCACACACCUGCUUUUUUUGCCCAGUUAAAGGUGAGUUGGCGUAGCCAAAUGUCUCGCAUGCCGUCCCUGCAUGAUCUCCACGCUGGUGGGUUCAAAUCCCCGCCCUCCUCUAGGAGUAGCUUUAACCGUAAUGCAAUGUUCUUAUCUCUGUUACACUUCAGCACUUUUAUUCAAGCUGGUGAACAUUUAGGUUUGGCAUUUUAAUGUGUGGACUGUAAUUUGCUUUAACAAAUGAUUUCAACCAUUGUGUUCAUGUGAAGUUAUUUUAGUGCUAUAAUUUAUUUGCCUUUGUAUGAUUUCAAUUGUAGCCUAACUGUGAUGUAAGUGGAUUAAAAUGGCCAAAUUGUUCUUAA